GCCCAGGGGUUCUUGUCCACACGUGUUCACUUCACCUGGAAAAUCGCAAUUCGCCUGGAAAAGAGUGACGAGGAGCAUGUUACAUUAUGUUGGUCAAGGUGAGAUUUGGUGAAAGUCAGAAGUAUGUUAAAGUGGCCAAGAAUGAAGAAGGCUAUGAAGACUUCAAUACAUUUCUUCAGAAAGUCAUAGAAAAGUUAGGUCUUCCACUACAGACCGUGCUGCAUUUGACAGAUGAGUCAGGGACAGAAGUGGAUGCAGAUGUGUUUGAGGAGCUUUUACAAGCAGGGGACCUUACCAUCAAGGUGUCCACAGAAAAAUCUACAGUUGUGCUCCAUGAAGAUCAAUCAUGCACUUCUUUGGAGUCACCUGUGUGGGACACCUCAUCCUCUCCAUCGUCUCGAUCCACUGUAUCCUCUGUGCAGUCUGAUUCAUCAGAUGCAACAAUAAUUCUUGAAAGAAACAGUGGAAUGAAAAGAACCCACGCUGAUCGGGAAGCAGCACAAAUGAUGGUGAGAGAUGUUCUCCAAUCUAAACCAGGGGGGGGGGAAAUCUUGCACGAAUAUGACCAAACAAAGACAUUGAUGGAUGGUACACACCGACAGAUGGUAAACCUAUUGGUGGCUGACAUGAUUGAAGUUCAUGGGAGGGUCCCACCAACCUGGGUACGAACAAAAUAUGCUGUUGGCAUCAUCACUCUAUUUCCCAACCUCAGAGAUCCAUACUCCAAAAAUGGAUAUGAACACUACUAUGAUGCGGAGAGUGGAUCUGGCUACUUGGCCUGGAGGAUAAAGACCGUCCAGCGCAACACUGCCAUUCAGUCCCGGAGAUGCUCCACCAGCAUGACUUCUACAUAUGGUCCAAAGAGCACGAGGGAUUUUCUCCUGAUUGACGAGCAACUGUUUGGUGAGGAAUGCUGUGAGGCAAUAUCCUUAUUGAAGCAUUCAACUGAUCAAUCAGUUAUCAAAGAGAAGAUGAGGGCAACAUUUCAACACCGCCAGACACUGGUUCAAGACCAGCAAGCCUCCUUAGCAGUCUUGGACGUGUUCCCGCGUUUUCUCGACACCCCUGGUUUGAUUGACCAAGACUUCACCAUGAUGUUUGGAGGGGAGGUUUCCGGCAGAUUUUUGGCCAAAUGGCCCUCCUACUUCAAAGCUAAAAUCCUGGCAGACUGCAAGAACCUGAUUUCUAAUGAGCAUAUUGAGGACCUCUUAUCUCCACAGCAAAACUCAAAUGAGUUUGGCUGGGACAGUGACCUCUCAAGCAUUCUGCUGUUGGUUCAUCUACUUCCCCCUACCGCAAAAGGCCACAAGAAGAGUGCUAAAAUUAGCUCAUGUCAAGCGAUCGACCAUGUUGUGAGAUAUCUGAGGAUUGGAGCCAGUGUUGAGACCUUCCUUGGGAGUGUGGAACCAGGACAGCCCUUCCUGCUGUGUGUCGGUGAACAGAAGAACAACAUCCAAAGGUUCUAUGUUAUUGUUGACCACAAAGCCAUCCCUUGCAAGGCGCAGACAUCCCUGGCAGCUUUCGAUGAACUCUUCAAGGCACAUUUCAUCUUCAGUGUUAACUACCAUGAAUCCCUCAACAACUUCUAUACAUUCAUCCAAACCACGGUGUUCAACAUCGAUGUGGGAAAUACAAAGGAAAGUCCCAGAGUCAAGGAGCUCAGAGCACGACUGCUGCGCACCGAUACUUGAGGUGAUACACAUCCUUGGAUGCAACU